CAUUAACGUUACCGUUCAAGAGAAGCAUAACAACCGUCUGAGAUUCGCGUACCGUCCUACAACAAUUGCAAAGGGCAAAAAUGUAUUUGUACUUGUGGGAAACUCUUAUCAGAAGUAUUAUCCUUCAAUGAAGAGGUGGAUUAAAGUCUCACAGGGUCUUGAUUUGCUCGUGGGUGAGGCCAAGCAAGAUAAAGUCAUCCAAUGGGGCGAACCCAACCCGCUUUUGCCACAUAUCGAACCAUCUGCUAAACGACGUGGCGUGAAGGAAUUUCUAGGUGGUGGUGGCUCAGGCGUUGUGAUGGAGGAUGGCACGCUUGUGUUUCCUGUGACGGCGAGGAAGAAGGGGAAAAAAUACUUUCUCUCCAUGAUCAUUUAUUCGAAGGAUGACGGCAAAAAUUGGGUGCUUUCACAGGGGAUGCUCCCCGUGGGGUGCACUGACCCCCUCAUCGUUGAGUGGGAGCAGGGGCAGCUUGUCAUGGUUGCCAAAUGUGAUUCUCUCUCCAAGGUGUUCGAGUCGAGGGACAUGGGGGCAACGUGGACGGAGGCUGUCAGGACACUCACACGCGUGCAUCCCAGGUUUUUAGCAAACUUCUUGCAACUGGAUUGGAGUGUGGCAUCCCUCACCACUGCCACCAUUGCUGGAAAGAAGGUCAUGCUGUACACUCAGAGAGGAUCUCCUUCUGGAACUACGGCACAAGAUACCGUACUCUACCUUUGGUUCACUGACAACAACCGCACGUUUCGCCUUGGACCCAUUUCCAUGGACUGUAGAAGGAAGUGGACGUUAGCCAACACCCUGCUGCACUCUAACGAUGCGUUGCACCUUUUACAAGAGAAGGGUAAUGACAGGGAAAGCAGCCUGGCUCUUGUUUCCCUAACGGAGGAGCUGAAGACGAUCACGUCCGUCUUGGAGACUUGGGAAAAAAUAGACUCCUACCUCUCGAACUCGUCUGUGCCCACGGCCGGUCUGGUUGGGUUCUUGUCGGAUGCAUCGGGUGAAGGAGCGUGGAACGACGCGUACCGUUGCGUGAAUGCAAUUGUGACGAAUGCAAAGAAGGUCGAAAAUGGCUUUAAGUUCACGGGGUCCGAGUCAUACGCCAUAUGGCCUGUGAACAUGUGGACGCAUCACUAUGUGCACAGCUUUGUGGAUUAUGAGUUUACGCUUGUGGCGACGGUGACGAUCGAUGAGGUUCCGAACGAGAGCGUUCCUCUGCUGGGUGCGGGCCUGGAGGACGAUGAAAGCACGACGUUUGUGGGGUUGUCGUACACCACAGAGAAACGGUGGGAGACAGUCUUCGACGGCAUCACGACAACACACAGCAGCGCUUGGGAGCCGGGGAAGGAGUACAAAGUGGCGCUCAUGCUGCAGGGUAACAAGGGCUCCGUGUACGUGGACGGCGUGCUUGUGGGGAAUACUAACAAACUACCAACCCUUAGGUCACGGAGGCAUGAUAUCUCUCAUUUUUACUUUAGUGGCGGCGAAAACAGCAAUGCGACAGUAAAGAAUGUGUUUUUGUACAACCGCCCACUGGAUGCGAUGGAACUCAAAACCGUUGACGACUCCGAUGCCUCCGAGAAACGUGUUGGUCACCUCUUCAUUACCUUUUUGAAAGGUAUUGGUAACAGCUUGAGUGUAUUUGUGAAUGGUAUUGGUUACGGCCUUGUUAAAUUUUGGGAACGUGCAAGUAACAGUUCCGAUGCAUCUGAGCAACGUGCAGAUGACAGUUCCGAUGCAUCUGAGCAACGUGCAGAUGACAGUUCCGAUGCAGCUGAGCAACGUGCAGAUGACAGCUACGAUGCAGCUGAGCAACGUGCAGAUGCCAGUUCCGAUGCAUCUGAGCAACUUGCUGGUGACAGCUCCGAUGCAGCUGAGCAACGUGCAGAUGACAGCUACAAUGCAGCUGAGCAACUUGCAGGUGACAGCCUGACUUCACCCAUGCAACGUGCUGGUGACAGCUCCCAUGCAUCUGAGCAACUUCCAGGCGACAGCCUGACUCCACCCAUGCAACGUGCGGGUAACAGUUCCAGUGCCUCUGAGCAACGUGUUGGUCACCUCUUCAUUACCUUUUUGAAAGGUAUUGGUAACAGCUUGAGUGAAUUUGUGAAUGGUAUUGGUUACGGCCUUGUUAAAUUUGGGAAACAUGCAAGUAACAGCUACAAUGCCUCUGAUCGGCGUGCAGGUGACAGCUCCACGCUUGCAGAUGGGUCUCGGUUGUUGCUGCUGCUAUUGGUGCUAUGGGGUUUUGCGGCCCUGUGUUGA